UACUCUCUUCUCUUAUUCUCCUGUUAACCUUCAAAGUGUACCUCUUCUUAACAUAUACAGUAUAUCUUUUUCCUCUCUACUGUUUAAGCUAUAGAGAGAGGAGAACUGCUCUUACUUCAAACUCUAGAACUAGAAUAAGGUUGUUACUUCCCAGAAUAUGACUCUUGAAGAUUCCUUAAGAUCUCUCUCUUUGGAUUAUCUCAACCUUCUCAUCAACGGUCAAGCUUUCAGUGAUGUUACUUUCAGUGUUGAAGGUCGUCUGGUUCAUGCUCACAAAUGUAUCUUAGCUGCUAGGAGUCUUGUUUUCAGGAAAUUCUUUUGUGGGCCCGAGUCGCCUGGUGGCGGCCCGGAACCAUUAAGCUCAAGAAUGAGUUCCGCGGGCGUCAUCAGCCCGCGGGGUACAGGUGGUUUACAGGUAAUACCUGUAAACUCAGUAGGGUAUGAGGUAUUCUUGUUGAUGUUGCAGUUUUUGUACAGUGGACAAGUUUCAGUUGUGCCACAGAAACAUGAAUCAAGGCCUAAUUGUGGGGAGAGAAGCUGUUGGCAUACACAUUGUACCUCAGCCGUUGAUCUUGCACUUGACACUCUCGCAGCCGCUAGAUCUUUUGGUGUUGAACAGCUCGCUUUGCUCACUCAGUUCAGAGGUUAG